GGAGUGGGGACAAUAGUGGAGAAGAGGAGCGAAGUUCGCGAAGCAGGCUGGGAAAGUUAGCAGGGGAAAAAAAAUCGACGUGGUGCUUGGAGAAGGGUUUACGUCAGGAGAAGCGCCUCUGUAAAACUGCUGUUUUAAAGAAGGAGGAGAGGGACAGGGGUCGAAGGAGUCCGAAUUAUCUUAAGUAGUGUCGGUUUCACGCUUUGCUAUCUCGUGGAGAUUGUGUUAACGACAGAUGCAGUUUCAUUGGCAUGGAUGUCCUGUCACAUUUCAACAGAAUGCAUUGAAGCUAUUCAACUUGUAAAUCUAAAGAUAAACAGAGAAUCUAAUUCUAUUUAAUCAGUCAAGAAAGUAUUUGAGUUUUCUUUAACAAUGCAUGGAAGCUCACGGUCGAUGAGUAAAGUAGAAGAAAGUAACCAGAGUCCUGGACGCUCGCCAAGACUACCAAGGUCACCGCGCCUGGGUCACCGUCGAACAAACAGCACUGGAGGCAAUUCUGGUACCAGUGCUGGUAGCGGUGGUGGGAAAACCCUGUCCAUGGAGAAUAUCCAAUCACUCAAUGCUGCAUAUGCUACAUCUGGCCCCAUGUACUUAAGUGACCAUGAUCAUGUUGGUGUAGAUUCCCCCAAGUCUACAAUGACAUUGGGUAGAGCUUCUGGACGCUUACCAUUUGGUGUUAGGAUGACUACGAUGGGAAGCAGCCCAAAUAUUGCCACAAGUGGUGUGGCUAGUGAUACUAUAGCUUUUGGAGAACAUCACCUACCAACAACGAGCCUAGCAUCUACUGUACCACACUCAUUACGGCAGGCAAGGGAUAAUACAAUUAUGGAUCUGCAAUCGCAGUUGAAGGAAGUUCUUCGUGAGAAUGACAUGCUUCGGAAAGAAGUUGAUAUGAAAGAGGGCAAGCUCAGCUCUUCUAUGAAUAGUAUCAAAACCUUUUGGAGUCCUGAGCUGAAGAAGGAGCGAGCACUUCGUAAAGAUGAAGUGGCUAAGAUGACUGUUUGGAAAGAGCAAUUUCGAGUUCUACAGGAUGAAAAUCAGCACCUUCAGAUGACCAUUCAGGCAUUGCAGGAUGAACUCCGCAUUCAGCGUGAUCUGAACCAGCUCCUCCAGCAGGAUAGCAGCAGCAGAUCAAGUGAACCAUUUGUUGCUGAGCUGACUGAAGAAAAUUUCCACCAUCUUCAUGCCGAACAUGAGCGUCAGGCCAAGGAGCUAUUCCUAUUGCGCAAAACUUUGGAAGAAAUGGAAUUGCGCAUCGAGACUCAGAAGCAAACCCUCAGUGCUCGUGAUGAGUCAAUUAAAAAACUUCUGGAGAUGCUACAGAGCAAAGGACUCUCCUCAAAGGCAAUAGAAGAAGACCAUGAGCGAAUACGAAGUCUAGCAGAAGCAGAAAUGGUUGUGAACCAGUUGGAAAACAUAAUUGAACAAAAAGAAAAAGAAAAUCACCAGCUAAGAGAAGAUAUUCAACGGAGAUGCGAAGUAGCACCAGAAUCGGCCAAGACAAAAGCAUUGCAAACGGUCAUUGAAAUGAAGGAUAGUAAAAUCUCCGUACUGGAGCGCAAUAUUCAAGAUCUUGAGGAUGAGAUACAGAUGCUUAAAUCCAAUGGAGCACUGAGCACUGAGGAGAGAGAAGAAGAGAUGAAACAGAUGGAAGUAUACAGGAGUCAUUCCAAGUUUAUGAAGAAUAAGGUAGAACAAUUGAAAGAAGAGCUAAAUUCCAAAGGGGUCCAGACUGAAGAGCUAAGAAAAAAAGUAUCUGCUCUCCAGCUCGAGGUCUCUGCCGUAGAUCAAGUGAAACAGGAACUUUCCAGAAAGGAAACAGAUCUACUUGCCUUGCAAACCAAACUUGAAACGUUGGCAAACCAAUUUUCAGACAGCAAGCAGCAUGUGGAAGUGCUGAAAGAAUCGCUCACAGCAAAGGAACAGAGAGCUGCCAUUCUGCAGACGGAGGUUGAUGCAUUGCGUUUACGCCUUGAAGAGAAGGAAAGCAUGUUGAAUAAGAAGUCUAAGCAGAUGCAAGAGAUGGCUGAGGAGAAGGGGACCCUGUCUGGAGAAAUUCAUGAUCUCAAGGACAUGAUGGAAGUUAAAGAGCGUAAAGUUACUGUCUUGCAGAAGAAGAUUGAGAAUUUGCAGGAACAACUCAGGGAUAAAGAAAGGCAAAUGAAUAGUUUAAAAGAGCGUGUAAAAUCAUUGCAGGCUGACACCACAAAUACAGACACUGCCCUGACUACCCUAGAGGAAGCUCUUGGAGAGAAGGAGAGAAUAAUUGAGCGGCUUAAAGACCAAAGAGAAAGAGAUGAAAGAGAAAAGCAAGAUGAAAUUGAUGGCUACAAGAAGGAGUUAAAAGAAAUUAAAGAAAAGUUCACCAACCUCCAACGAGAUCUCUCAGAAAAAGAGGCAUUGUUGCUGGAACUUAAAGAGCAUGCAUCAUCUUUGGCAUCAUCUGGAUUGAAAAAGGAUUCCAAGCUAAAAACACUAGAGAUGGCUCUUGAACAGAAGAAGGAGGAAUGUACGAAAUUAGAAGAACAGCUACAUAAGUCCCUUGAGGCUUCAAAAGAAGGACAAGCCAGUGCUGAACUCCAUGAGCGUAUCUGGCAAUUGGAGAAGGUGGUGGCACAGAAUAGAGAUGAGGCGAACAAAGGCCAAGCAGAAGUCGACAGACUGCUUGAGAUUUUAAAGGAAAUGGAAAAUGAAAAAAAUGACAAAGAUAAGAAGAUAGCAGAAUUGGAGAAGCAGAUGAAGGAACAAAGCAAGAAACUGGCCAACCUAAAGCAUAAAGAACAAGUGGAAAAGAAAAAAAAUGCCCAACUAUUAGAAGAAGCACGCCGAAGGGAAGAUAAUUUAGCUGAUGGCUCCCAUCAACUUCAGGAUACUUUACGUCAAAAAGAUGACCGAAUCGAAGAAUUAGAGGAGGCUUUGCGGGAGAGUGUACAGAUUACAGCAGAACGUGAGAUGGUCUUAGCACAAGAAGAAGCUGCUAGAAAUGAUUCUGAGAAACAGGUAGAAGAGUUAAUGGUAGCUAUGGAAAAAGUGAAACAAGAACUGGAGUUGAUGAAAACUAAGCUCUCCUCUACCCAGCAGUCCCUUGCAGAAAAGGAAGCACACCUCACUAACCUACGUGCUGAGAGACGGAAACAUCUUGAAGAAGUCCUUGAAAUGAAACAAGAAGCACUACUAGCAGCCAUCAGUGAGAAGGACGCUAAUAUUGCUCUACUGGAACUCUCUUCAUCUAAGAAAAAGAAGACACAGGAGGAGGUGGCAUCAUUGAAGAGGGAGAAGGAUAGAUUGGUGCAACAGCUCAAACAACAGACCCAGAACAGAAUGAAGCUGAUGGCAGAUAAUUACGAGGAUGACCAUUUGAAAUCCUCAGCACAAGCUGAGCAGGCAAACCAUAAACCCUCUCCAGAACAGAUCGUCCAGUCACUGUUAGAACUGAACCAAAAUCGCAGUAAACUGAAGCUGUACAUAGGACACCUCAUGGCUUUGUGUCAGGACCGCGACUCACAAAUUCUUCAAGGAUUGACACCACCACCAGCAUAUGGUGGUAUUGAUAACAAUAGGGCAAUGUGGGAGGAAGCACUGCAGAAGAUGAGCUCAGAGCAGCUGAAUGCUGAGCUUGAACAGUGUGAAAAGGAAAGUUCCCAACUUCAGGACUACGCCAACACUAUUCUGCAGCAGAUUGCAGACCACUGCCCUGACAUCCUUGAACUGGUAGUCAAUGCCUUAGAAGAAUCCUCGUGAGUCACCGUGAUUGGACAUCAGUGCUGAGCUAAGAAACAAUGUUCCCUUAGUUUUUUAGAGUUUAUAUUCUUUUCUGUAAAAUUUACUAUGGUCACAUGACAUUGACCACACUUAUUGCAGUGAACAUUCUAUGCAACUUUUGGUAAAAGCAAAGGUAAAUCAUCAAGUUACAACUGUUUCCGUUGAACCCUUUAGAUUCUAAAAUAACACUAAACACCUAAAUGGAACAAACUUAAA